CGUUGAGCGGAAACAUGGACGGUGGAACAGUGAAGGCGAUUUUGUUUGACUUCGACAACACUCUCAUUGAAACUAGUCGUGCGGGCGGAAUAGCGAUUCAAAAGGUCAGUGAACUGCUGAAGUCUGUGCUGCAGGUGGACGACAACACCGUCUCCAGCAUUUGUAGCAAGUUCAGGCAGAAACUUCUGCUGGAGUCAUUUGACUCUUCCGCUGGCAGAACCAUUGAUGAGGUCCGGGUGAACCACAUGGAAGAGAGCAUCAGAGAGAUGGUCGACGGCUCUUACCCUCCUUCUCUUGCAUCUGACUGCUACUUCAUGUGGAAAAGAAGCCGCUUGCAGGUGAUCUCUCUCACACCAGACAUCUGCUGUCUCCUGAAAGACCUGCGGAGCCGAUACAAGCUGCUGCUGCUCACCAACGGAGAAUCCCAGACGCAGAAGGAGAAAGUAAAGGCAGUGGGAUGCGAGGAGUACUUUGAUGCCAUCGUGGUGGGCGGAGACUACCCUGAGCAGAAGCCCUUCCCCUCCAUCUUCACCUUGUGUUUUGACCUCCUGCAGGUGGAAGCGCAGGACUGUGUGAUGGUUGGAGACUCUCUGGACACAGAUAUACAGGGAGGCUUUAAUGCCGGGUUGAGGGCUACAGUUUGGAUCAACAGCGGUGAGGGUCACGUGCCUGAGGGUUCAGCCAAACCUGACUUCACCAUCCCACAUGUGCUGGAGCUGCCGGGCAUCCUGGAGAAGCUGCGAUAAUCAGAAUGGUUUACAUGAGGCUGAAACUGGAACAUGAUGGUGUUGGAUCUACUGUAAUUACUGGUGCCUUUUGGGAACACUUAGUAUUUAUUAUUGUUUUGCACUUGGUCUUAAUUUUCUAUUCUUAUUGAGUGAGUUUUCUUUAUGAUUUUAAUCUGACCUGCCAUUUUAUAUGGGUGACAAGUGCAGGGUGAGUUACGUUUUAACACAGGUUCACCAUGACUUCACUGAACCUCACUACGUAUUGAUGAGUUUGCACUUUCAUGUUGAUACUUGACAUAACAAAAGCCGUGGUGACUUGAUGAAUGAUGUGUUGAAUUGAAGCGUGAUGCAGAGCAACUGAGACAUUGCUUAAAUGGGAAUAAAGAAAGAGUUAUGCUUGGAUUGAUUAAACACUUUCAUCAU